GAGGGAAUGAAAAUGGAGUUAUCGAAUCCUCAUGAGUCUUUUCCCACCUCUUGGUGAUAUAGGACAACUAGAACGUGAGAAACUAUCUUGGAUACAAUUUGUUAGUGAGAUAGUGUAUGAAGAAAGUGGAAAAUUAUAUUGGAGACAGCUUUUUGGUGACAUAAAACGUGAUAAAGUAUGUUGGACACUAUUUAAUUGUGAUAUAGUAGGUAUUGAUAGUGAAAAAGUAUGUUGGACACCGCCUCCUGGUGACACACUACGACUAGAACCUCCGUAGAAAUGCUGAACGCUUUCGUAGACAGCGGUGGUCACCACCAUCACCACCAUCCUCAUCAUCACCCUACCCUGCAGUCGUUGGGGUUGAAGAUGAGUCCACCACCGCCCCCCGUGCCUCAUCACCAGCACCAGGGUGUCCACCCCCAGCCAAUGGCCCCCGUGGCAACACCCCAGGAUGGUGGCCAACAUUUCCACCAGGGCUACCACCAUCUGGAACCGCAUCCUGGGUAUUUCAUCCGGCGGGAACAUGAGUACCAACCGAGCUACCCUGCCGUCGAUCAUGGAGGGUAUCACCCUGGGUUGUAUCCGCACCCUCACCACCACCACACCCGGCCUGAAACAGUGUCCUAUCCUCAGGAUCAUCUCCACCAGGGUGCAGCCUCCUACAACAUGACGGCACCCCCGCAUGGCGCGUUCCUCCGCUAUAUGCGGCAACCCGUCAAGCAGGAGAUGACCUGCAUGUGGGUGGACACUCCGGGACCUCGAAAGACCUGCGGCAAAGCCUUCACGUCCAUGCAGGAGAUAGUGACCCAUUUGACAGUGGAACACGUGGGGGGACCUGAGUGUACGACGCACUCCUGCUACUGGCAGGGAUGUCCCCGCAACGGACGGCCCUUCAAAGCAAAGUACAAACUCGUCAACCACAUCAGAGUGCACACCGGUGAAAAGCCGUUUCCCUGUCCGUUUCCCGGCUGUGGAAAAGUGUUUGCCCGCUCGGAAAAUCUCAAAAUUCAUAAGCGGACGCAUACAGGUGAGGGCAGACUUGCAAAAGUUUCAUAG